AUGGAGUACCUCAAGGCGGUCCUGAUCGCUAACCGAGGCGAGAUCGCAUGUCGCCUAAUUAAAGCUGCCAAGAAACUAAACAUUCGCACCAUUGCCAUCUACACGGAGCCCGAUUGUGCAUCUCAUCAUGUUCUCGCAGCAGAUGAAGCGUACUUGCUCAGUGGAGAGUCGCGGUCUGCAUAUCUUGAUGGAGACCAGAUCAUCUCCAUUGCCACAACACAUGGUGCGCAAGCAAUCAUUCCUGGCUAUGGCUUCCUCUCCGAGAAUACCGACUUUGCCCGUUCUAUCGCCGCGGCUGGUCUCGUAUUCGUUGGACCGUCACCCGAAGCCAUUGAAUCCUUUGGCCUAAAGCACACGGCUCGUGGCCUGGCAACCACUGCUGGAGUGCCUGUAGUCCCAGGAUCUGAGGGAUUGCUUGAUUCCGAAGACGCCGCCGCUUCAGUUGCUACAAGCAUCGGGUUUCCAGUCAUGCUCAAAGCGACAGCCGGCGGUGGUGGUAUGGGGCUUCUUGUUUGUGCAGAUGAAGCCGAAAUCCGCAAGAACUACCAGACUGUUCAGUCUCGGGGCGCUUCUCUCUUCAAGAAUUCCGGUGUUUUUGUAGAACGCUACUAUCCCGACAGUCAUCACAUCGAAGUGCAAGUGUUUGGAAACGGCCUAGGCAAGGCUAUAAGCAUUGGUGAGCGAGAGUGCUCGAUUCAGCGCAGACACCAAAAGGUGGUCGAGGAGUGUCCCAGUCCAUUCGUGGCUAUGAGGCAUCCCGAACUCCGGGCCAAGUUGACAGCAAGUGCUGUGCGGCUAGCAGAGAGUCUCAGAUACGGCUCCGCAGGCACAGUUGAAUACCUCGUGGAUGAUCACACGGGCGACUUCUUCUUCCUAGAGAUGAACACACGAUUACAAGUCGAACAUGGAAUCACUGAGAUGUGCUAUGAUGUCGAUCUCGUGGAACUCAUGUUCCGACAGGCGGAUUGCGAGCUUGGAGGAAAAGGCGGCCUGGCAACGACCGAGCUGGAGGCCCUUCAACAACGCUGUCUUGAGCCCAGUGGUCACGCGAUAGAGGUACGCGUCUACGCCGAAAACCCAGCGCGAAACUACACGCCCAGUCCUGGAUUGCUGCAGAAAGUCUCUUGGCACCAGUCAGAAGGCACCCGCGUGGAUACUUGGGUUCGAGCUGGAAUCACGGUCAGUCCAGAAUAUGAUCCUCUCCUGGCCAAGAUAAUGCACCAUGCAUCAACAAGAGACGCAGCCAUCUCGGGUAUGGAGUCAGUUCUCAAACGCAGCAACAUAAGCGGGCCUCCUAUCAACAUGGACUUUUUGCUUGCAAUUAUCCAAAAUGCCACGUUUCAAGCAGGCAACACAAUCACAAAGUUCCUAGACUCCUUCAAUUACGUUCCUCCGGCAAUUGACAUCAUUUCUGGUGGAUCUUAUACCCUCAUUCAGGACUACCCCGGUCGACCAACUGUGGGACACGGCUUUGGCCACGCUGGGCCCAUGGAUCCUAUCGCAUUCCGUGCGGCCAAUAUUCUUGCUGGCAAUCCAGUUGGCGCCGAGGGUCUAGAAAUCACUCUCACCGGUCCUGAUAUGGUAUUCCUUGGCGAUGCGGUAGUAGCUUUGUGUGGACCUCCGGUGCCUGCCCACCUGGACGGAGAAGACUUUCCACUCUGGACCCGUGUGCAUGUCCAAGCUGGCCAGCGUCUGACUAUUGGCAAGAUGGCUUCCCACUGCAGAGUUUAUCUAGCCAUCUACGGAGGCUUCCUCAAUGUGGCUGAAUGGUUCGGGAGUAAAUCCACCAAUCCGAUGGUCAACGUUGGUGGCUAUCAGGGCCGCCCCUUGCGUGCUGGAGAUUUCCUCAAGAUUGUUGACGCCGCCGCUCUGCCGCCGAAGAAGUCAAUGACCAUCCCUCAGAAUCUCAUCCCACAGUACACCACCAACUGGGACAUCCAGGUUAUGCCGGGUCCCUACGAGACUGGAUAUCUCUCGGAGGAGGACAUCGAGAUGUUCUACUCAGAAAACUGGCAAAUCAGCCACAAUGCCGCUCGAGGCGGUAUCCGUCUCAUCGGCCCACGACCUAAGUACGCCCGGACUGAUGGUGGAGAAGGCGGUGCUCACCCCAGCAACGUCAUCGAGUAUGGCUAUCCCCUUGGUGGCCUAAACUGGACUGGUGAUGAGCCUGUCCUCUUUCCAGUCGACUGCCCCGACUUCGGCGGGUUUAUCUGCAGUCUGACGGUGAUUAAAGGUGAUAUGUGGAAGAUGGGACAACUUCGCUCCGGAGACCACGUAAAAUUCCGGAGAGUCAGCUUGGAGAGUGCGUUGGAUUGCCGAAAGAGGAACGAAGACUUUUUGCAGAACUUGAUCUCCUCGGUGGACACAGGUUCUUGGGAUGGUGUCAUCGCAUUCGGUAGCACCAUCCUCGGAGAAGAGGUCAAGCAACCUGGGCUUGAUUUAGUCAAGGUCAUCGAAGCCACCUCUUCCAGUCCAAAGGUAUCGUACCGCGCUGGUGGUGAUGACUACAUGCUCGUCGAUUACGGCGACGGCAGGGCCGAUCUGAACAACAAGUGUCGCGCCACAGCCUUGAAGCGCUGCCUCGAGAAAUCUACUGGCCUUGCGUCUCUAAACAUGGCACAGGGCGGGGCGGUAUUCAAUACCGUUGGCUGUGGCAAUGCUCUGGCUAUCUUUUAUGACGGCAUGAGACUGCCGAUGAAAGAGCUUAUGGACCGGCUUCUUGAGUUUGAGGGUUCUAUGGGCGAUAUGCGAUCCGCGCAAUUCCCCAACCGUCGGUUCCGACUCCCUGUCGCAUUCCAACACAAGAAACUCGAUGAUAGUAUUGAGCGAUAUAUGGCCAACCAACGCUCUCUGGCCAGCUACUUGCCAGAUCCGUUCCAAUUUGUUGCCGAGAACAACGGAAUGACAUUGGAUGAACUGAAAAAGAUGUUCCUGACCCUCGAGUCCGUUGUUAUUGGCGUGGGUUUCUUCAUGGCCUUACCACAAAGUCUUCCCGCCGACCCGAGACACCGGCUUCGGGCCCCGAAGAUGAAUCCUAGUAGAACCUACACUCCCGAGGGAACUUUCUCGUGGGGUGGCACCUGCAUCGCCAUUUAUCCCGUCGACUGCCCUGGUGGUUACAUGCCAACGGGCAUGACAAUCCCUGGAGUCGACGUGUUUGGCUACAAGGCAGGAUUUAGCGAGGAAAAGCCGUGGAUGUUCGAAGACAUGGACACACUAAGCUUCUACGAGGUUUCAGAGGAGGAAUAUGACCUCAAGAUGGCACAAUUUAAGUCGGGAAGUUACCAAUUCGAAGUUGAGGAGGGCAUUUUUGACAUGGCAGCCCACAACAAGUUGCUCGAAGAGGCUGCGGACGAAGCCCAGGAAUUGCACAAGCAGCGAGCUGUAGCUCAGGUCAGGAUGGUGGCCAGAGAGAAAGAGCUGCUAGAGCAGUGGAUUGAGCAGCGAAAAGCUAGCGAAACCAGCACCGACGAAAUCCAAACUCUCUUGGAUGACCCAGCCAUCGAGGCAAUUGAGUCACCCGUGAAUGCAAACGUAUGGAAGGUUUUGGUACAAGAAGGAGAAACACUGCAGGCUGGCCAAACAACAACGAUUCUCGAGGCUAUGAAGAUGGAAAUCAACGUGCUUGUGGAACCUUCCAUGGCGGGCGCAACUAUUGUCAAGGUUUUGAUAAAGCCUGGAGACGGCGUGGAGAGUGGGAAGCCGCUGGUGCUUGUGCGGAAGAGUUCUGGAUGA